AUGACGGCUACUCUCGUGGUGACCAGGAACCCGGCACCAACAGUCAAGAUUCCGCUAUCCGAACAAAUCCAGCAAUUUGGCGACACUUCUUCGCCAUCUGCAGUCGUAGCCUCUCCUGCUUCCGACUUUUCCUUCUCAUUCGCCAAGGACACGUUCUCCUACACGGGAAACGGCAUUAACUACUACGCCACUUCAGCAAAUAACAGCCCUCUACCUUCAUGGAUCAAGUUCGACUCUGGCAGUCUGACGUUCACCGGAAAGACUCCGCCAUUCGAGUCUUUGGUUCAGCCGCCUCAAAAGUUUGACUUUAGUCUUGUUGGGUCUGACAUUGUAGGAUUUUCGGCCGUUUCAGUCGUGUUCUCUAUCGUCGUUGGCGCGCACAAACUGACGACUGAUACUCCCAUCGUCAACAUCAACGCGACGGCGGGGCAGGAAGUAUCUUACGAAACAUUGGCCGAAAGCAUCAAAUUGGACGGCAAAUCUAUCGCGCCGACUGAUCUGAACCUCACCACUUCCAACUUACCGAGCUGGCUCUCGGUCAAUAAUUCGACGCUAGUCCUGAAGGGCACACCUCCCGACGACGCAAAAUCCUCGAAUUCCACGCUCACGUUUCGAGAUGUCUACGAAGAUACUCUUGACAUCUUGUUGUCUGUCUUGAUAACGACUCGAAUCUUCCGGAACACAACACUCCAAUUUGAUGUUACGCCUGGGGAAGCCUUCUCAUUUGACGUUGAGCCCUAUUUAUGGACUCCAGCCGAUGUAGAAUUGGGCCUCAGCAACUCGCAAGAUUGGGUCGAGGUUGAUGGGCUCAAAAUCACAGGAACAGUCCCCAAGUCUGCGUCACCGAAGAACACCAAGCUUCUCGUCAAGGCCACUUCGAAGAGCUCAGGAGAGUCCGAAACCGUUGCUGCAGAUCUUGAAAUUUUGUCGGCAGCUGUGACCACCACAUCGGCGCAACCGACACCUUCUGCCAGCCCUACGAAGUCCGCAGCAAGCGAAAAUCCAAGAAGAGGGUUGAAUCCCGGGCUCAUUGCCUUGGCGGUGCUCCUUCCUAUUCUUUUCCUUUUCGCCAUAGUGAUCUUGAUUAUCUGCUGCCGACGAAGGAGACAACGCGACUCCAUACACGAGCAGAAGAAGAGUCAGAUAUCGGAGCCUGUACCUGGCAGCUUUGUUUGGAAUGGUAGCAGACACAGCCGGGAAACGUCCAAUCCAUCCAUGGUCGAGAUCAUCAAGAGGCCCGAAGACAGCCGUCGCAGCCGAGGAUACUUCAACUCUGCAGUGGCGAGGAUGCGACAGUCGAGAACGCUUUCAACAAUCACCGGCUCCCGCAUCUCCCAGUCACUUCACCGCAACUCGUCGCACUGGAGGAGUCCUCGGAGUGACAGGAGUGUGCCUACCUCGCCCUCAUUUGGGUCGUCAUGGCUCACCGAGGGUGUUUACUUCCAACCACAACACGCGCACCAAGGAUCAACAAGCACAUAUGACGGUCCGAGCGAUGUCCUUUCUGGUUCCUCCGGCUUCCUCCAGGGUGAGCGAGACGACUCUUUCCGCAGCGCCCUGGACGUCACCAUCCCUUCGAUGCAUGACGAAGUAAGCAGCAUCCAGGCAACACCAGAUAUGGCUUACACGAGUCCAUGGGGAGAGCCGUCGAGACUAGUCCUCGACAGGUCAACGCCACUCUCGGCUGCUACACACUCGGAUAGUCUGGCGUCAAUUCCUGAGCAGCCGACACCAUUGGGGUCGCAUCCCACCCACGGCCGGCGCUUUUCUCCCGCUCAAAGGCCGAGGCGGACAUUCUCCUUGCUAAGUUCUAGAUCACAGAACAGCGUUCGCAGCUCUCGGUCCGGGUCAGGAAGAGGUAGAAUGGGGCGUCAAGACUCGCAGCCGGGGUCGUGGACGGGGUCCAUGAUGAGUCGGCCUAUCAGCAGGAAGUCGGACUCCAGCCCUUUCUUUGGCGGGCGCUCCGUCGUACCGUCCCGCAAUCGCUACAACCUCGACAGCGACUCAGACUCCCUGGAGUCCUCAACGCGGGGAACGGAAAAUUGGCAGACAAUACCCAGGGAUUCUCUGGGCAUCGCCUACGCUGAGCUGGCCCAGACCUCUCCUUUCCUGAGAAACCAGUCUUCCAUGUCUCCUCGACCUCUCAGCAUUGUCAAGAAAGACUCCAGCGGGCCAAGAAUCGGCAGGGAAAGCCGACCCGGAAAGCAGAUGUCGUUGUCUCGGCGACGAUCAUCCAGUUCCAAUGCCAUAUCUACGGGACGCUGGAGCAGGAAUUCUCCCGCGGAACAUGGGCCGUCCGGCGCCCAGCCGGGCUACGCAUCGUCUCGGGCGAGUAGCGAAGUGCUGGGCAAAGGAAAGGGGCUUGCGCGAUACUCCUCAGGCCUUGAAUCAGACAACUCCGACUGGAUGACAGAGGCGGGCACGGUGGGGAAGAAAGGACCUCGGAGUCGUCUGGACAGCAGCGACGAUUACCGCGUAUUCAUGUAA